AUGCCUGGACAGACAUGUCCAAAGACACAUGGGAAGUUCUCACCGCCAAUGCCUGGCAAAGUAAGUAGAUCAACUAUUACCGCCAAUGCUUGGACAGCAACUCAUAACUUCACCAUCAAUGACUGGACAGACAUGAAGUAUGGCGUCUCCGUUGAAAAGCGAAACGGUCCAACCAUACGUAAAUUUAAAACCAACAGACAAGCACAUCAAAUGACAAAUAGAAAUUCUUUGCUAGAACAAUUCGCACUCAAAGAUAAACUACAAAGGGCCCACUUUUUCAAACAAUUUUAG